UUCGCAUGUCCAACGAGUGCAUUAUUAGGUAAAGAAUUCAAAGCGAUGGUCAUAUUGGCGCUUACGCCGGCUAGGCGAACAUGGGCAGAACAUCCAAUCAUCUUCUCUCGACUUAUUUCACAUCGUCGGUGGCUGCCGCAAAGAGCGCGUGUGCUUAUCAUCAUUCGGAGCUCGCUCGUUGCAUGGAAGACCUCCAGAGCGGAGGGGUUGUAAGUAUAGCAUACCAGACAGCAGAGGAGAUCCACUCAGCAAGGUGCAACUUGAUGUUUGACACCGUUUAGCAGUCGAGGAUACCGUCGAGAGGACAACGCAACGAAUUGUACAAGAAGAUUGUGAAGGUGAGCAAUAGCACCGAAGUAUCUAGGAAAUUAGUGACGUAAGCUAGCAUUCAGCAGGUCAGACAACAGUUUAAGGAAGCCGGAAUCAGCGGUCAUCGUCAUCUAGAAAAUUAAUUCGGCAGCAUUAUUUUGAAAGUGUAAUAAACGAAAUUCAACAAACAAUAACGCAGCACGAUGGGACUGCUGAGCGAGGGAAGUCCACUGAGUUGGGAGGAAACGAAAGCUCUGGCGCAACACGUGCGUGAACACGGUAUCGAACAGUUCAUCAACUUGUACGCCCGGCUCAAAGAUCGGCAGGGCGAUGUGCUCAAGUGGGGCGAUGAGGUGGAGUACAUUAUCGUGCGGUUCGAUGACGAAAAGAAGGAAACGCAGGUGUCUCUGCGAGCUCGUGAAUUGCUGGCCACCCUCAACGAGAAGGAACACGCCGAUCCGACAGGUGUAAAAUCCCUCUGGCGUCCGGAAUACGGAGCGUACAUGAUUGAAGGUACGCCCGGUAAACCCUACGGUGGUCUGCUGGCCCAUUUCAACGUCGUAGAAGCUAAUAUGCGCUAUCGCCGUAUCGAGGUGGCCGAACUGCUACCGCCAGGUGAGCACGUCAUGUCGAUCACAAACUUUCCCCGAUUGGGAGCCGAAAACUUCACUUAUCCACCCGCGAAGCCCACGCCUGAGGACGAAAGCUGCGCUGCUCGAUCGCUCUACUUCCCAGAUGAGGCUAUCUAUCCAGGACAUCCCCGCUUCAAAACACUAACUCGCAACAUUCGGCAGCGCCGCGGCGAGAAGGUUUCAAUCGAUUUGCCCGUAUUUCGUGAUAAGAAUACGGUUAUUCCGGUCGAAGGAAGCCUGCCGACCAAACCCGAUCACGUGCAUAUGGAUGCUAUGGGCUUCGGCAUGGGUUGUUGCUGUCUGCAGUUGACGUUCCAAGCUUGCAACAUAACCGAAGCACGUACGUUGUAUGAUCAACUGACUCCAAUGUGUCCGAUCAUGCUGGCCUUAACUGCGGCCAGUCCAGCCUAUCGAGGAUAUUUGACCGAUGUCGACUGCCGUUGGAAUGUUAUUUCUGCCUCGGUGGAUUGUCGAACGAAGGAGGAACGAGGAGAGGUUCCACUGAAGAACGAUCGUUUCCGCAUCUACAAAUCUCGCUACGAUUCCAUUGAUUCCUACCUUUCGCCAGCUGGUGAAAAGUAUAACGAUGUGCCUUUAGUGUUGGAUGAAAAACUGUACAAUCGGCUGCGCGAAGGGAACAUUGAUCACCUAUUGGCUCAGCACAUUGCUCAUCUAUUCAUUCGCGAUUCGGUUUCGUUGUUCAGCGAGAAGGUUCACCAAAAUGACGAACAGGAUACCGAUCAUUUCGAAAACAUUCAAUCGACCAACUGGCAAACGAUGCGUUUCAAACCUCCGCCGCCGAACUCUCCGAUAGGAUGGCGAGUCGAAUUCCGACCUUGCGAAGCUCAGUUGACCGAUUUUGAGAAUGCAGCGAUUGUGUGCUUUGUGGUAUUACUCACUAGAGUGAUUCUAUCUUACCACCUGGAUUUCCUGAUUCCGAUCAGCAAGGUGGACGAGAACAUGCAGACUUCGCAGAAGCGGGGUGCGGUGUUGACGGAGAAGUUCUGGUUCAGGAAGAAUAUCACAGGAAUUCCCGUUGCGCAGACAAACAAUAUCAAUGCUAAUCAAGCCAACUCAGAGAAUGGCACUCACGACAACGAAAGCGAUAUGACUGACAAUAAUGGCAUAGACGACGAAUACGAACUAAUGACUAUUGAUCAGAUUAUCAACGGCAAAGGACAUUUCCCAGGGCUUGUACCUCUAAUCAACAGCUAUCUGGGCUCGAUGGAUGUAGACGCUGAUACGCAUUGCACGAUCCAGCAGUAUCUCAGACUGAUUCAAAAACGUGCAUCCGGAGAACUUAUGACAACUGCGUCCUGGAUACGAAAGGAAGUAGUUGGUCAUGAAGAGUACAAACAAGAUUCAGUGGUCAGCGAGAAAAUCUGCUACGAUCUACUGAAGAAAGCUAAAGACAUCCAGGAAGGGAUUCGACCCUGCCCAGAGCUGCUCGGAACAAACAUCAAUUCGAAAACCGCCGACAACAUUCCUCCAGCAAUCGAGAAACAUCUAACCAAAAAGUGCUAGAGUGCGAGAGUACCUCUAUAUUUACUUUGCCUGGAAAUUCUACUGUCGUGAACCCCAAACGAGCACAUACAAAUAUAAACCAUGUCUGUGCAUUUAAUACCCUAAAGGAGCGUUGGUUCGAAGUUUAAAACGGAAUUCGUACAAAACUAUGAUGAUUUGGAAGAGUUCUGAGCAUGCGGGUAAGACUGUCAUUGUUAUCGAUUGGUUUGCGCAAAUAACAUAAAAAUUGCACCAGUUUGGAAAACAUAAAAAAUCAUAGGAUUUACAUGCCCUAGGACUGCGUCUAUAAAAUUACGUAUUGUUUACUCGUCAACAUCGUCUAAAUGUAACGUGUACUAGACAACGGUAUAUCUGAAAUUUUCGAACAAUUUUUGUGCUUUUACUAUUACGUAUAUAAGUAUCAUUAUUAAGUUUUGAGUUCUGAGAUCGAAUUAUAUUAUUAUAUACAUGUUAUACAGCUUUAGUUCUUAGCGGAGGGUGUUUCAGUAUGAGUAGUUGGCAUUUAGGUUUUAAUUACCACUUAGCUGGCAGGCAAUUUCCCCGCGGUAUUAUUCCUUUUUCUCAUGGGGCACAGAGAUCAAUAGAUUAUACUUACAUACUUAACACAUACCAACUGGAUGCAUAGGAAAUAAGUGUUUUUCGUGUAUUUACAAUCAUGCAAUAGAUCAUACACAUUCUGAUAUCACGCCCCACAAAA